UCAUUUUGUAGAUAUUUUCAUUCAUAUCGAUUAAAUAUUGUAAUCGUAUGAACUAAUUUUAACAAGAAUUCCGCUCAGUUUCUAUUUGUAAAUAAAACGACUUUUGCCAGGUGAUUUUGCGUCGUGCUCAUAAAAGAAAUGGACAAGGAACCCAUCAAGAUCUAUGGAAAUGAUGCUCUAUCAACUAGAGUUGCAGCCUUUCAAAAGAAAGCUGAACAGCAUACUGCUAAACAGAGAACAAAUCCAUUUUGCCAUGGAAAUGUUUCUGAGAUGACCCAUCAGAAAUGGGACAAAAGUGAUCCUCGCUAUGGUAAACCUCCAGAAGGGUCUAAAACCGAGAAAAGAGGAAUGGCUGCUGGUGCUCACAUUGGGAAUGAGGUACUAUUUUUGUGUGAGAUGAUUGCACAAUAUGGUGUUCCAAAUGAUGAUAACACCAUUUCUAUAACAUUUGGAGAACUGUUUCAGAUAUAUACAACUAUAUCGAAUAAAGUUGUAGGAAUUCUAUUGCGAGCUCGAAAACAUGGCCUGAUUUACUUUGAAGGUGAAAUGCUAUAUCAAAGAAGAGAUGACAAUGUUAUCGUCACUCUUUUAAAGCCAAUUGAUGAAAUUUGUCCCAAUAGAGUACCUCUGAAGCGUAAACAUGAUGAUGGAGAUGAGCAAACAAGUACUUUAUCUCCAGAAGAUUACUGAGUCUUUUUUUCUUUUUGCUUAGUUUCAUGAUGCAUAGUUUAAAUCAAUGCUGCUGUUACUGUGCAUACUAACUUUUAAAGUGGCAGCGUGCUCAUUUUGUUUAUUGCAUAUCAUAUGCUCAAGAAGGUUAUUUAAAUUUCUUCAGCAUACAUAUAUUUAGUGCAUUCUAGCAUAUUUGCAGCAAGAAUAAGUGCUUUUAUUUUUUACUUGAGAACUUUUAUUUUUUACUUGAGAAUUUUGCAUAUCAUGUUUAUGGAGAUUUGAUUUUGAAUGCAUUUGUUAUUUGAAUUAUAAGAAUUUCUGUACAGAUACUGGGAAAUUUUUAGCAAUUAAUGUAUGCUUAAAGACUAAAACUGGAGGAAAAAAAAAAAGAUUAUUUUAGAGCAGCUGUUUUUCUUAAUUGACAUGAAUAGGUUUACAUAGUCUGUUUUAAGAGAGGCAGUAAAAAGAUUAUUAUAAUUGAUAUAUGAAGUCCUUAUUUUAUUUAUUUAAAUUAUAUGUUUAUGCUUAUAUUAUAGCGCUUUUGUUUUAUUUUUUUGAAAUGGUAUUGAUAUUCAAACUAUAUAUUGCUAGAUCAGUUAUUUUGAGAGCAUUUGAAUUUGUAAAAUAUUUAUAUCAUUAAAUGUUCAUAUCAGUUAAAAACUAUUAUUGUAUAGCUAUUUUGAAUGGAAAUUGAUCAUAGAAUUUUCAUAAGCUGUAUUUAUUUGGUUAUACUAUUCUAAUGUUUCAUUUAUUAAGAUAAAAAGCAAAGAUUGAAUUGAUAUUGCAUUAAAGCAUUGUAUACUAGAUUGUUUUAGAUUAAAUAAGAAAUCAUUAUAUUGGUGUAAAAAGGUUUUAAAUGGAAGUAAGUCUGAUAUAUGAUUAAUUAAAUAUAUAAGCACAGGAUAUUUACGGUUUACCAUUUAUGCAAAAAAUGGAAAAUGAUACAUCUACUUUAAGCUAUAAUGUCUGUAAUUCUAAAACAAAGGAAAUAAGAAAUGUUGGAUUUAGAUCUGUGUCAUAUUAUUUAUUUUUUAUUGCAUUUAUUAGUUGUAAAUGUUCUUUAUCUUUUUGAUUGUUCUUAUUGACUUUUAUUAUUUUAUUAUAGGCAUUUAGCUCUAUUUUUGUAUAGGCAUUUAGCUUUUCAAGUUUUUCAAAGGAAUUAAUAUUAAUAAUUUUUCUUUUGAAAUUAAGCAAACUAUUAAAAUUUAAUAAAAAAAAUUUGCUAAUUUUUUAUUAAAAUUUUUAGUAGAAGUUAUACUUAUUUUGCUUUUGUAGGAAAUUGGGAGAUUUUUAAAUGACAUACUUUUUGGAAGUACUUAUUAAUUGCAUAUUAAAAAAAAUACAAAUCUAAAAAUUCUAAAAUUAAAAAAAAAAAUAUUUUGAAUAAACAUUUUUCCUUCUUUUUUUGACAGACAAUUUAUUUAUUCUGCAAUUAAUUUGAGUGCUUUAUUAAUUUAAUUUCCACAACAGAUUUAAGACAUUUGUUUCAAAAAGUUCUAGUAUGGAUGAUAAAUGCAGUUUUAAAAAUUACUUUCAUCAAUUUGGGAAAUUUUACAUAUAGCUCUUACAUAUUAUAAUUAGUAUUUUGUUAUGAAUACUUAAUUUUUUUUUCCAGUUUUCUUGUGUUCCUACUUUCAUUUUUUCCCUUUAGUUUGGCUGAAAUUUUGAGUAUUUAUUUUUAUUUUAAAUAUUGAAUAUUUAUUUAUACAUUGAUUUAUUUCUGUAUUGUUUUAAAGAAUGUGUCCAUGAGUUAGAAUUUUUAUAAAGUAAUUUUAACUAUGGAAAUUUAAGAACCUCAGUCACCCUUAAGAUCUCUUUAUUACUAAAAACAUUUAAAUUUUGUAAACUAUUAAUGGAGAAUUUAAUAUAUUUAUGUAAUUCUGUAAUAAUUAAGGCUUAGCUUAAACAACUUUAAUUAUGAAAUUAUGAAGAUCUCAGUUUUCUUUGAAAUAUCUUUAUUGGCAAAAAUCAUCUAAAAGUUAUUAUAUUCAUAAAGAUAUAUUGGUUUAUUAAUGAAGAAUUAAAUAUAUUUAUUUAAUUCAGCAAUAAUUAUUGCAUACCUGAACUUGAAAUACCUUUUUGAUUUUUGCAUAUUUUUCUUAGAUUUAAAAUAACUAACUCUUCUUAUUUAUUUACAUAUUUUUCUGUAAAACUAGUUUUUCUUCAAACUAGAAGAAAAUAUUUAAUGCAUAAGGCUUUAAUAUUUUUAUGAAAAAGUAAAAUGAAAAGUGCAUUUGAAUAUUAAUCAUAUAAAGUGCAAAAUAUUAUUUAAUGGUUAACACUUUCUGUGACCAUUACUGUGUUAUGAUAUUGAGGGAUCAUGUGCUUCAUGAAGCCUUGUUGUCAAGCUCAGUACGAGUUGCAUAGAGCUUGCAUGACAGUUAAUGAGUAUUCUAAAAAUAUUUUAUUCAUUAAUCUAUUUUUCUUUUGCUCUGUUACAGUAUUUAGUGAUCUAUUUACCAUUAUAGAAGGAAAUCAACAAUAAAAUAAGUUCUUUUCUGAUAGAUUAAGCAUUGUAAAAUUUAAGACAAAAACAUCUCUAUUAAUAAUAAAGAUGAAUGUUUUAUUCUGGCCCUCUAUAGAAGGCCAGACCAUUUGACCUAUAGCUAUCAAAUUAGGCACAUAUAUAUCUUAGAGGGCAGAAAUAUGCACCUCAAAACAAUUUUUUGAAAAUUUUUUAAAAUUAAAAAUUAAGUUGAAUGUUGGCAUUUUUCUGUGUUAACUUCCGAAAAUAUGAUUGCAUAAAAAUUUAUUUUACACUAUGUCAAAAUUUUUAAAUGAUUUUUUAUUAUAUUAAUUUGAUAAAGAAUUUUUGCUAAAUUUUAAAAAUUCCUUAAAAAUAUUUUUUUGUUUUAUUUUCUACAGUAGACCACAUUGUUGGCCUAAAAUUGUAACUGUUUUCAUUUUCUCUUCAAAUAUUUAAUUCUUUGAUUUUUUUUUACCAUUAUUGAAAGCUAAAGAAGAGGGAUUCUGUUUAAUAUCAUGUAAUUUACAGUAUGAAUAACAAAGUGAAUUUACAUUAUAAAAUCUAAAAGACAGAUGAACUAGUAUUUAUGUUUUUAACAGCGCUAUGAUAUUAUAUCACUCACCCAUUAGAUAGGUCUAUGUAUACAAUUAACAACACUUAAUUAAAAAAAUUUAAAUAAUGUGACUUUAAUUAACAUCAGACAAUCUGAUGAAAUCACAGAUAUGAAGUUAUAUCUCAACGAUUUAUUUGAAAUCAAGUAUAACCAAUAUUUCUGAGGAAAUCAACUGAUUGUCUAGUAAUUCGUAUAACAUAAAAUCAAUGUACAUGAUGCAAAAUUGAUAUCUUUGGUCUUCAGCAGAAACAUAUAAUUUUUUAGAUUAUAAAUCACUAAAAUCAUUUUUGUUAUUUUUCUUUACUUGUAUAACAAUUUUUUUUAAUAAUAUAGGUUUUGUAGCUAAAUUAUAGGAGCCACAUUGUAUGGCAAUAUGAUUGUUAAUAAUAUUAUACUUUCGUCUAAUAAUAUUUAUAUCUUAUAAUUUUGAAAUUGUUUUCAAAAUUUUUAAGGUAAAAAAACAAACAAACUAUUUAUUUUGCAUUUAUAGCAGUAUCGUAUAAAGCAAGCUUUAUUUUCUUUCUUUUGUAUUCUUCAGCAUUUUUAUUUUUUCUGUAUUUCUGAAAUAUUUUGUAAGUUCUUUAUUUUACCUCUUUGUAGUCUAAUCAUGCCUUUUUCAUAAAUAUUAUGAGGAAUUGUCACUUCCCUUCUACUGAGAAUGGUGCUUUAAUGAUGUGAUAACUUGUUACAAAGUACUUAAUUUGUAUUGACUUUUCAGAUUGAAAUCUUUAUCUUUCAUUUGUAUGGGUAGAUAUUGUUGUAUAUUAUAAUCAAAAUUCUAUUAAGGUGAAAUGACUCUAUUCCUGUGAUAAAUGUUGAUAAAUUGCAAAAACUCUUAUAUAAAUAUGUGUUUUGUAUGCAACUUUUGAAAGUCUGGAGUGGCAUUUAAAAAUGGAUUGUUAUAAAUAAAGGAUAAUACUUUACA